AUGUUUAACAUUAACACUAGUCUUAAUCGUUGUGUUAAAAUCUGGAAUAUUUUACUCGAUCAAUUUCAAUUGCUUGAAACAAUGACACCAAUCGAAUUUCUCGAAUUUCGUGAUUAUAUUAUACCAGCUAGUGGUUUUCAAAGCUUACAAUUUCGCUUAAUAGAAUUUAAACUCGGCUUAAACGAUAAAUUAAGACAUCAUUAUCACGAAAACUAUUUCACUCAUGUAAUGUUUAAAAAUCAACAGGCUGAAGAAUUGAAAAAUGCAGCUAGCGAACAAUCGUUACUUGCUUUGCUUGAAAGAUGGCUUGAACAAGUUUAUGACAGCACAUCAUUUGAUUUUCUGGAAAUAUAUCAAACGUCUGUAGAACGCUUUAUCGAACAUACAAAAGAACAGAAAUUGGCGAAUGGCAUAUCAUUUGAUAGUGUCAAUAUCGAAGCAGAAAAUUUGAGACGGCAGUUUUCAAACAUGCUUAAUCAAACUCAGUAUGCACAAUUGAAAUUAAUGAAUGAACGUCGAAUGAGUCAUAAAGCAAUGUUGGCUGCACUCAUGAUAUCAGUCUAUCAUCAACAACCUUGUUUUCAACAAGCCUAUCAAAUGCUGUAUUUACUCAUGGAUAUUGAUGCUCUCAUUGCCAAUUGGCGUCAAAAACAUAUUCAACUUGUUCAACGUCACAUUGGUAGAAAACCAGGCACGGGAGGUCCUCGGUUGAUUUAUAAUGAUCCACCAACGGCUUCUCGACAAUGUACAACUGAGUUGACUAUGUUAAAAGGUAAAAUUGAAGCACGAAUUUUCGAAAAAAAAGUGAGCGCCGGACGAUCAGUUGAAAUAUUUAUAGCCGAAAUGGAUGUUAUAUUGAAAAACUUACAUGAUACACCUAUUUGUAAAAUAAAUCGAAAAUAUAAACAACAACAUGAAAGAAUUCCAUAUGAUAAUUUAUUAGAAACGAUUCAAUUGAAUCAAUAUCAAAUUAGUAAAUGUCCAAUUACUGCUGAAAAAAAGAAAAAUUAUGGUAGAUUGGUCAAAUGGAUUACACGGAAACAAUAUGAACAAUUAAGCAUUAAAUCAAAUGAAAUGGAAUUAGCACAUCUUUAUUAUUUAGCAAAAGCUCAUAAACCUGUUACUCCACUUUGUCCAAUUAUUUCUGGUCAAAAACAUCCAACUAUAAAAGUAUCAAAAUUUCUCGACGAAUUACUUCGACCGUUAUUUAAUAAAAUGGCAUCAAACACAACUGUUACUUCUGGAACUGAAGUUAUUAAACAAUUGCAUGAAUGA